AUGAUCAGCACCAUCAGCGGGGGACCCACUUUGGCGGGAUCAUCAAAUCGAUCAAUAAAGCAUUACGUUCGUGCUGCUCACUAUCCACAAGUCUUCGGCAUAGAGGCCAACCGGCACAACAAGGUGUCGAAGGUAGGAUGGGAGCCCAUCACUUUCUGUGAGGAAGAAGAGGAAGGGGUCAUUUAUCCCCAUGAUGACCCGAUGAUCAUCCGAGCUGAAAUCGUUGACUACAAUGUCAGAUGGGUGCUGAUCGACAACGGAAGCUCGGUAAAUGUAAUAUUUGCCGAUGCUUUCAAGGAAAUGGGAGUAGCAGAUAGCCAGCCAGUCGGCAGUGUCAGCCUGGCCAUUGCCUUCGGCGUUGCCCCAUGGAAGACAAUGAUCUACGACCAGUUCCUCAUUGUUGACUGCCCAACGGCAUACAACGUUAUCAUCGGACGAACGGCGCUCACCGGAAUCAAGGCUCACCCGUCCCCCCACAUGUUGCUGAUGAAGUUCUCUACCUACAACGGUACUGGCGUUAUCAGAGGAGACCAGCUCAGUGCACGAACGUGCUAUGCGACUGCUCUGAAAUCGGUAGCUUGCAAACCUCCAAUGGAAGCCAUGUCUGUGGAGGGGCUACCGAACGGUAGCGGGCCACACCGGAUCAGCACCACCCUCAACCCCCACCUGUGGACGCAGUUCAUUGCCUUUUGCGACACCAUGCCGAGGUCUUCGCCUAGUCUUAAGACGAUAUGCCCGACAUAUCCCCAGACGUCAUCUGCCACAAGCUCAGCAUCUCCCCUUCCUAUAAGCCUAUCAGACAGAAGUGACGCUCUUAUGAUGUCGAACGGUACGAGGCCAUGCGUACCGAAGUUGACAAGCUUAAAGCCAUCGGCUUUAUCAUGGAAGCCACGUACCCUGUCUAGUUUGCGAACUCAGUCAUGGAUAGACCAGCUUGUUGAUGCAACUACCGGUCACGAGUUGCUCAGUUUCAUGGACGCCUAUUUGGGAUACAACCAUAUCUUCAUGCACCCUACCGAUAGCGAACAUACGGCAUUCAUCACGGACCGGGGACUGUACUGCUACAACGUCAUGCCGUUCGGCUUGAAAAACGCAGGGGCAACAUACCAAAGGCUUGUCAACCGAAUUUUCGCCAAACACAUCGGCAACAUCAUGGAGGUGUAUGUUGACGAUAUGCUAGUCAAGAGUCGAACGGCAGGGGAGCAUUUAGAAAACCUGGCCCUCAUGUUCGGUAUACUAAGGGACUACUGA